AGACUACAUCAGCAUCGAAAGCAUAUUAUUGUAAAAGUCUAAAUGCCCAUCGAAGAUCAGAUGCCACACAUGAAAACACAAUGUCGGAUUAUACAUCAAAACUUACGAAUAAAAACUUUCAUUACUGGAUAAAAGGAAAUGUCGCUCUUAACUUAGCAAAGGAAGGAAUCGGCCACAUUAUAAACAACAGAAUUGAAACGUUUCACACAGUUAUACUACAGGAAGUACUGGGUUCACAGAACGGCAAUCUUUGUAAUGAAUGCCAAACAGAAAAUGUCCUUCCAUGUCCAACCAGUGGCGUGUGUACAGGGAGGCCGGGAUCUUGCUCGUAUCACUGUACCAAAGAGAAGAUGUUUCGACCUUGCCCCAAGAAUCAAUGUGACAAGAUUAAGGAGAAGAUAAGAAAAUCUCAUCGAUUUAACAAACCUUCAUGGAAAAAUACGAGAGCGGAGCUAUGGGGCAUAUAUUCCUGGGAAAUAGCCAAAUGUUAUAUGCCCCCAGACGGAUAUUUGAUGGUGACUACUAUUGGUGAAACUGACCUAAAUGGCAUUCUCGGCAUAAUAGCUAACCAUGUCGGCUUCAAAACCCUUUUUGAUGAGAAUACACGCGAGGAGGUAAGACUAAUUGGAAAUAAAAUGAGGCAUUCCUCGGACCUUUGCAUUGGAGAGCGCACAUUAACUGAAUACAUUGAUAUACUGAGUACAUUCCUGUCUAGUUCUCAAACCCUUCUAAAUGACUCCGUUGUUUCAGAUGCAAUAGUUAGUUUAGAAAAGUUGAAACUUGACGAACUGACUAUCUCAAUGAAUGACAUCACGCAAGUUAUCACAGACGUUAUAAAAGUAAACACAGAAAAAUCACUCCAAGAUAUCAGAACAGCUUUAAAAGAACACGAACAGACAACUGGAGACACUAUUGAAGAUAUACUCAAGACUACAGCUUCUCAAAUAAAAAGGAAAGCCACAGAGGAUAUAGAAAAUGCAGCUAAACGUGUCAAACAUGAAACAGUAAGCCAUAUUGAUGAAGCCCAGACUGAAGCUGUCGUAAAUAUAAAGGUUGUGGCAAACGCCGCUGUUGCCGACAUCAAGCUACAACAUGCAAAAGCCUUAGAAAGUCGUUCAGCCGAAUAUAACCAACUUAAAAACGAUCUUCUAGAUGAUCUAAUUACAUAUUACGAGCAUGAACAUGGUGCUAUUCCAGUGUCACCUCUUGUACCAGAAAAUGAUACACCAUUACUCCAAUUUUAUGUUCCGGCAAGAAUGAUAAAAGUCGAGCCCAGUGUAACGGACCAAGGAAUGAAAUGCGUUAUUAGAAAACCGGUUGAUUCGUUCCAUGACAUUUUCAAGAAUGGUAGAAACUUAUGUCACAAUAUUUACAUUUCAGCUCAGGCAGGAAUUGGCAAAACGACAUUUUCAAAACGACUUUGCAUGGUCUGGUGCAAUGCUAAAACUUCAUUAUCUGAUUCUUUUAAAGACAAGAAUAUACUUCACUCUGAGAUUGAGAUGUUGCGUACAUUUGACUUCGUUUUCUUUAUUUUACUUAGAGAGGUAAGUGGAAAAAAGUGUCACAUAGAUGACAUGAUCAUUGACCAUCUCGUUCCUCAGUUAGCCGGAUCACAUGUCUAUACGCAAGAAUUUGUAAAAGAAGUACUUCGCCGUGAAACAUGUUUGAUUAUUAUAGAUGGUCUUGAUGAAUGGUCAAACCCGCCCUCAUCAGAAUUUAGAAGUUUCACCUCAGUACCUCAAAGGAUUGUCAGAAAGACAUGUGUCAUACUCACCACAACACGACCGUGGAAAAUGCAUGAAGCUAGAAUAAGCAAGAGCAAAAUAGACAAGGAAAUUGAAAUGAUUGAACUGGACCGUACGUCCACCGACCAGCUAGUGAGAAACGUUGUAUUUGCUUUACCAGAUAUACCAGACCAAGAUAGGCUAGUAAAUGAUAUUUGCACACGUAUUGCAAACAAAACAUUUGAAGAUAUAAUGGCAACGCCCGUUUUGUUGAUACAGCUUAUAUGUCUUUGGCAUGAUGGACGAACAGCGGGAGAAUCAAAAUGUCAGAUGUACUGUAAUAUUAUUGAAUUUAUUCUUCAUCGAGGAGUAGAAAAGAUACAAGAAUUAGGAAAACAAUCACUGCUACAGGGCUUGCAGCUGAAGAAAGUUGAAUAUACAGACUAUCCAGUAUGUUUCAGCAUGAAUGAAUAUUGCAGAUCACACUUCAGUUUCCUUAUGAAUGUUGGAAAAUUAGCGUUUAUGACGCUUGUCAAUGAAAAUAAAGAAUCCCGUCUUGUAUUACAUACAGAUACAGUGCAAAAGUUUCUAAGCGACGAUGAAUUACAGUGCUGCUUGGAAAUGGGUUUGCUUACGAAAAGUAAACGGCGAAGUGUUUCUGUAUCUGCGUUUACAGUUUCCUUUAUUCACAAAGGAUUUCAAGAAUUUUUCUGUGCACUAUAUAUGCUGUCUUCGAGUGAGGAAGCAAAUAUUCUUGAUGUCGUUUCUGAACUUUGUAAUUCCGUGAGAAAAAUACUGGACUUGUCGAAUGUGUUCAUAUUUCUAAGUGGUCUUAUUCCGCACAAACUGAGUACUCUUUCAAAACGUCUUUGUGACUCUGUGGCGCAUGACAGUUUGAUAAAGGAGUACAGAUGUGAACUUUGCGUAUUCAAUAAACUGGAUGAUAGAAAUAAGCCAUUAAAAGAACUGCAAGAUAUGUAUGUUGCAUGUGUGCAGGAAAGUGAAUACAAUGCUGGUGGAGGGAUAAAUAUCUGUCAAGAGGACUUCGUAUAUGAUAUCGACUGUAAAAAGGACAAUUAUCUAAAAGGUUUCCGAACACUUUUAAGUCAAAAUAUCGAUAGGAUUAAAUCUAUAUUCAUCAACACGGAGGGUACAUAUAUAAAAUUGCGACAACUUAUAGAUGAAUUUCAUUUGAGCAAAACACGCUCCCUUGAAAAACUUUCAGUCGUAUCGGAGGUUGAGAAACACGACUUUGAUGACAUUCUAUCUGGCUCAUUGCAGAGUCUUAAAGCGUUGUCUAUUAAAUGUGUGCGAUGGCUCGGAAAUACCUGGACAUUUGAGUGCGUGACCUUGUCUGAAUCAAGUAUAAUGACACUUCAAAAUAUGCCGUUACUAGAAUGUUUUGCACUAGAAUGUGUAAAUGUAACGCACAAGCAGUUAGGUAGUCUAUUAGAAUAUAUCUCAGACACCAAAUCUCUAAAACAGAUUGCUAUCGGAAAGUUAAACUGUAUUGAUCACUCGAAUUCAUGUGAAGGCUUUGAUCUAGAUUUAUCCGGGCAUGUUGAUCUCAGUUUUCUUGAAUUCGGUAGCUUGUCACUAAAGAGCUUCAAACUAAAUGUGUUGUCUUUAGAAAACUGUGCAAUAGGACGUCUAAAAGCAAACAUUUUGACUUCAUUGUUAGAGAGUUUAAGUAAAGCAACAAAGUUGCGCCAGUUUUCGUGUUUAAAUUUCACUGCAUUAGAUGAUGUUACUGAAAAGGUGUUACAGACGUUAUAUUUGUUACAUAAUUUACACGGGAUAUAUCUGCAACAGGUUGAUCUUGGAGACAGAACCAUAAAUUUGUCAGCAGAAAUGAAAAAUAUUGAGUGCAUACACUUGAACAGGGUGAAAAUGACUACUUCUCUCGUAACAAAACUAGUCGAUUUUGUGCAAACAUUACAGCAUUCGGUCGCAAUUAUCCUUAGGAACUGUGAAAUUAAAGAAGAGGCCGACUAUAAAAAGCUAAAGGAGAAUAUAUAUUCAUCUGACAAAUUCGUGGUUUCGUAUGACGGUCUUACUGAAUUGAAUUAUCAUUUGUUUUCAUUCAAGUCAGUUGUUUAAACACAAUGUGGUGUUUUAUGAAGUGUUCAGUUGAGAUAACAAUUGUAUAUCAAUUCGUACUUCUGCGGAAUCAUAUACAGAGAACCUUGUUCUGUAAAGAAAAAUUAAGAGCAUAUAAAACAUGAACUAUUAUAUUUUUUCAGGAAAAAAUGUGUCUUCCGGUUUCCGGACAGCCAGACCCAAAGUCUGAAAAUUGAUCCAUAUACCCGAAGUCACAUAAGUUUAAGAUGGUUAGUUACUGGAUAUACCAUAUUCGGACAUCAAAACGUACAACUUUAGUUUUAUUUAUCAAUGUUUGAAAUAAAAUGAAUAUUGUCUUGCACAAAUAACCCAUACCACCCCUUCAGAUGGAGGCCUCCGAGUGCAAAUUUAUAUAUUGGAGAGAAAAAAAAAUGAUCAACUUCGUUAUAUAAAACGCCGCUCGGACAUUUUUGCAAAUAAAUGAAAAAGAAGACGAUUACACUUCUUGCAUCAUGGUGAAGUCCUCCAUUUAUCUUUAAUAAACAGUGACACAAUACUUUAAAAGAGCCAUUCAUACCUUCGAUUGCGUUCAUAGAAAUACAAGAUAAAUACAUAUUUCAUAAUAUCAUUGUCAUAACCUGGAGACAGUCGUACUUAGCUCGACGUCUAAUGCCAUGGUGUGUCUUGUUGUGUGACUUAAUGAUAAUUAUAUAUACUUCUCAUCGACAAAUUGUUUGGCAUUUUGAAACGAAAGCUGCCAUCAAUUUUAUAUAUAUUUCCUUAUAUUUCCUAUCUCAUUUUAUGUCUUUCAAUCUUAUCUUAACAUUUACUCUGCUAAAUUUCUAAAAUAGACCGGUCCAUCAUUCAGUUUGGGCAAUACCAUUUAUAAUUCGAAGGAGUGUCUGCUCAGAAUUUACUGACUGAAUAGCAAACAGUGCAGACCAUGAUCAGCCUGCACGGACGUGCAGACUGAUCUUGGUCUGCACUGGUCGCAAAGGCAGAAUCAGUUGCCGCCAGCUGGCUAAAGGUUAAGAAUCAUUUCAGUUGAUUGCAAUGUGUAGUUUUGUAACAUGCUGUAAAUAACACUAGCAUGAAAACACAUGUAGUCAAAAUUAUUGUAGAGGAAAUAUAAGGGGCACAUAUUUCGACAUCCGUGACAUAUUUAUUGAAAUUACGUUAGACAUUGUUGUCAGUAAGAAGAUCAUUAGAUUUAUAUACACCGCUUUGUGUUACCUGUUCUAAGCUAAUUUGUAAAUCUCAUUUUGUUUCAGCAGUUUAAGGUACAUUUUUAACGAUAUUUUAUAAAACUUAAUGCCUGUCUCAAAUUAUUCUGGGAAAAAGAUUAGAUAAAUAAAAAAGCUAAAAUGAAUAAGCAGAUAACAGUGAAAGUACGAUAAAUCACAAAUGGCUUUACAUUAUAUAUACGGCUUAUGUUAUAACUGAAUUUUCACAAAGUUCAUGUGGGGAAACAGUAAGUCACAUUGUAAAGACUCGGGUCAAAAUAGUGUUUUCAAUUGUGUUUUCGUGAUGAUACUUAUGCAUAUGUUGCAUGAGAAAGUCGGUGAUAUGUAUGAGGCCCAUACCAUGACGGGUGUUAUAUAUGAAUAGGAAUAAUGCAUCAUUACUAAAGAACACUGUUUGAUAACAGUUUCUGAUAGAGCUAUGUCAACAUAAUAAUUAAGGAAUGGACCUUCAUGUGAAUAUCAUGAAAAUCAUUAUUUACAUGAUACUGAUAUGGUACAUUUACGAAGGUCCUGAAAAAAGUUUUGUCAUUGGGUUCUGAUUUCUUAAGUGCUACGUUUUAUCAAAUUAGUUUUAUUACAAACCUUCAAAGUAUUCACCCUUUACCGAAACACAUUUUUGUAACCUUUUUACCCAAUCGCGAAAAGCAGAUAAGCAGUCUUCUUUUUUGUAUCUGUUUGAGAUACUGAUAAAUGGCGCUGCCAAGAGAACGUCUGGACAUUCUUUCCAGAAAGCAUUUUCUUACGCCUUGGAAAUAAAAACGUCACAGGCACUCGGGUCAGGUGAAUAAAACGGAUGGUUUAAAACUUCCACCUUUUCAGAAGCCAAAAAAGACUUAACAAGCACAUUCGAUGAAUUGGUAUCCCCCACCGAAUGGGUUUGUUUGAGAAAUGGCAAAGAAAUAUAAAGAAUAUAUCCGGAAAAAAGUUAAGGGUAUUACUAAGAAGCAAAUAAUUUCAUUACAUUUGAACUUCAAAGAACAGAGGUCCUUAAGACAGCACAAUCAAGCAAGAA